AUGGAAAGAAGAAAAAAAGACAGGGGAAACAGUAAAACCGGGGGAAAGGAUCGCGCUAAGACCAAGAGUCGCUCUUCCAGGGCGGGACUGCAGUUCCCCGUCGGCCGUGUUCACAGGCUUCUCCGCAAAGGCAACUAUGCCCAGCGCAUCAGUGCCGGAGCUCCGGUGUAUUUGGCCGCUGUGUUCGAGUAUCUGACCGCAGAGAUCCUGGAGUUGGCUGGAAACGCCGCUCGGGACAACAAGAAGACCCGCAUCAUCCCUCGACACCUGCAGCUGGCGGUGCGAAAUGACGAGGAGCUGAACAAGCUUCUGGUUGGCGUGACCAUCGCUCAGGGUGGUGUAUUACCCAACAUUCAGGCCGUGCUGCUGCCCAAGAAGACCGAGAAGCCCGCGAAGGCCAAGUAG